AUGGCUGAAAACAGACAUGAAACAACCACAAAUCAAAGUAGCAAGGGCGGCAAGGUGUGGGGGAAGGCCGGUGGAGGUCCAACAGGGUCGAAUGGCGACCAAAGGUGGCCGGAUAGGGGUGGAACAGGGCUGGGUAGAGGCGGAUUUGCACGGGGGAAAACGCCAGGACGCGAGGGGCGGCGGCUGAACGCGCGGCGUCGCGCGGGUGGUGUGGACGGCGGCCCGGCGGCGUGCGGCAGUGAUGGCGAGCUGCGGCUUAUGCUCCAACGUCCUUCUAGAUCUAUUGGGACGUCGAGCAGCAAGCCGAGGGGGAGAAAGAAGGUGUCCACGGCGGCUGAGGAGGGUGGGGGAGAGGCGGAGAUGAAUGAUGGAGUGGCAGAGCGGGUGAUGCACGGGCGCGGGCGUGGGCGGCGGGACGGGCGGCGGCGGUCUUCGGUGAGCUGUUACUUCCGUUCUUCUUCAACUUCUGGUUCACUGGUUUGCACAAAGAAGAAGGGAAGAAAGGAGUUCGGUCACAAGGGGGAGAAGAGAGACGAGAGAGAAGAAGAGAUAAGGGUUGACUGGUCAAAAAAUGAAGGUGAAGGAAGCAAAGUGAGUUAG